AUGACUGACACCCCGCUCAAAGUAGCUAUCCUGAUCGUGUCGACGACAGCAUCAAAGGACCCAUCGACAGACAAAUCGGAACUAAUUCUUCGAGAUGUGAUUGAGAACGAGGGUGGUGGUAAAUGGCAGGUCACCGAUACUAAGAUUGUGCAAGAUCAUGUCCCCCAAAUCCAGCGGCAAAUCAUGCUCUGGGCGGAUUUGGGUCCUGUGGAAGGAGUCAACUUAAUCCUUACUACUGGUGGAACUGGAUUCGCGGUGUCAGAUAACACGCCUGAGGCUGUCGCAACUCUUCUCCAUAGGACUGCCCCAGGGCUGGUUCACGGAAUGCUCGCUGCAUCCCUGGCCGUGACUCCAUUAGUUGCAAUGAUGUCAAGACCUGUGGCAGGCACACGUAACAGCACUGUCAUUGUCACUCUACCCGGUUCCCCUAAAGGCGCCAAGGAGAACUUACAAGCCAUCCUGAAGACCCUGCCGCAUGCGUGCGUACAGGCCGCUGGUGCUGACUCCAGGAUCCUCCACUCUGGCGGGGUGAAGAAGCUCGAGUCCGAGGCGGGAAUCCAAGGCGCCUCUGCAGGAUCAACAACUCAGAAAGAGCAGGCGCACUCCCACAACCACCACGGCCAUGAUCACAGCCACAGCCACGGCCACGGCCAUGGACACUCACAUACUCACGGCCAUGGCCACGGUGGCCUUGUCAGACACACCAAGCCGGAAGAAAACCCCCUCUCCAACGAUCCGAGUCUCGGCCCGAGUCGCAGAUACAGAGAGUCGCCGUACCCGAUGUUGGAAGUCGAUGAUGCCCUGCGGCUGAUCAAAGACUUCACCCCUGACGCCGAGGUAGUGGCGACCAAAGUAGACGUCAACAUCAUCAACUCGGUUCUCGCAGAAGACGUCACAGCCAGAGAAAGUGUCCCUGCGUUCAGGGCAUCCAUCGUGGACGGGUACGCGGUGGUGGUGCCCGAGGACGGCAACAUGAAGGGCGUCUUCCCCGUCACCGCAGUAUCCCACGCCGCCUCGGGCGAGGUCAAGACCCUCAAGGAAGGAGAAAUCGCCAGAAUCACAACGGGAGCUCCCUUACCCCAGGGAGCCACCUCGGUCAUCAUGGUCGAGGACACGAUCCUGAAAUCCAAAACAAAGGACGAGAAGGAAGAAAAAGAGGUGGAGAUUCUCGCCGACGGCGUCAAACCCGGCGAGAACAUCCGCGAAGUCGGCAGCGACAUCCAAGAAAACGAUACAAUCCUCAAAAAGGGCGAACAAAUCUCCGGCGUCGGCGGCGAAAUCGGCCUCCUCGCAGCCGUCGGCGUGGCAGAAGUCCAAACCUACAAGCGCCCCGUUGUCGGCAUCCUCUCCACGGGUGACGAGAUCAUCGAACCCGACCGCCCGGGCGGCCUCCGCUUCGGCGAGGUCCGCGACACGAACCGCAUCACACUCAUGUCCGCCGCUCGCCAGUGGGGGUUCGAGGUCGUCGACCUCGGCAUCGCGCGCGACAAGGAAAAGGCCCUCGAGGAGAACCUGCGCGAAGGGCUCCGCCGCAGCGACCUGCUCAUCACCACGGGCGGUGUCUCCAUGGGCGAGCUGGACCUGCUCAAGCCGACCAUCGAGCGGGCCCUCGGCGGCACGAUCCACUUUGGCCGCGUGGCCAUGAAGCCCGGCAAGCCGACCACCUUCGCCACGGUGCCCGUCAAGACGACGCUCGGGAAGCGGGUCACAAAGACCAUCUUCUCGUUGCCGGGGAACCCGGCGUCCGCCCUGGUAACUUUCCACCUCUUUGUCCUACCGGCGCUGCAUAAGCUCUCUGGCAUCGAGCCUGUGGGCCUACCCAAGGUUCCCGUGACGUUGGGCCACGAGUUUCCUCUUGACAAGGCUCGGCCAGAGUAUCACCGCGCCAUAGUAAUCGUCGGAAAGGAUGGGUCUCUGUCUGCGAGCAGUACCGGCGGUCAACGAAGCUCAAAGGUCGGUAGCUUGAAGUCUGCCAAUGCACUGCUCACUCUCCCGGCCGGCUCGGAGCCGUUGAAGAAAGGGGCUAAGGUGGAGGCUCUGAUGAUGGGGGACAUCCGCGUGGAGUACUGA